CUCUCGUGACAUCCGCUGAUACACUUCCGCCUGCAGAGGUGAAAGGUCAGAGGUGUCACGGUGUCCUCUUGUCACACACGUGGGUCACGGCUGCAGCAUGCUGUCCUCCUUGUCUCGCGCCUUCUCCGUUGCCGCCAGGGCGCUGGUUGUUCAGCCUCUGCCACUGCUGAGCAGUCGGGCCCCGGGCCUCUCCCUGUGCCGUUCUCUAUGGAUACAUGGCGGAGCUGGCAGCGCGGUCAGGCCGACUUUCCUGAACCCACAGAGGGGCUUCCCGGCUGUAUCGUGUGGCUGCGGGGGAUUACACACUGAGGGAGACAAAGCCUUUGCAGAAUUUUUGAAUGAUGAAAUCAAAGAAGAGAAAAAAAUCCAGAAACACAAGCACCUCCCCAAAAUGUCUGGUGGGUGGGAAAUGGAAGUCAACGGAACAGAAGCUAAGCUGACCCGUAAAGUUUCUGGAGAGAAAAUUACUGUAACAUUUAAUACAAACAACAGCAUUCCACCAUCCUUUGAUGAGGAGUCUAAAGAAGCUCAGAAGGCUGAAGAGGAUGAACCUGAACUCAUUUCCACACCCAACUUUGUCGUAGAAGUUACAAAGCUCGAUAGCAACAAGACAUUGGUUCUUGACUGCCAUUAUCCUGAAGAUGAGGUUGGACGUGGUGAAGAAGAAGAGAGUGACAUUUUCAGUAUUAGAGAGGUUAGCUUCCAGCCCACUGGAGAGACUGACUGGAAAGACAACAGCUACACUCUUGGCACAGAUUCUCUUGACUGGGCCCUUUAUGACCAUCUGAUGGAUUUCCUGGGGGACCGUGGAAUUGAUAACACAUUUGCUGAUGAACUUGUGGAGCUCAGUACUGCUUUAGAGCAUCAUGAAUACAUCCAUUUCCUUGAGAAUCUGAAAAAAUUUGUUAAAUGCUAGAAUGUAUUAGAAUUUGUUUUCUUUUCUCGGUGUAACUUGUAUGCAAUUUUCACAGUUAAAAUGUAUAGGUCCAAGGAU